GUUCCAUUAGCUCUUCAUGACGAUAUCGCUCUGCCCGGUUCUCCCCUGACCAUCGUUCGGCUUGUCUUUUGCUUGGCUUUGGUGUCUCCAUUCUUUCUCUCGGCAGACUAAUUUCUUGGGGAUCAUUCAACCAUCACCUGCUCUCCGUCUCCUCUGUUUGCCAUCCUUUCUCCGUCUUCCUUUUCCUCUCGAGAUUCUCCCUUCCAUUAAAUUGAUCUCCAUUGCUUCCUACCCCUUCCAUCAAAACCCAAAAAAAUCCCUCACAAACUGAACCCUCGUCAGUCUUCCGCCGUACCCAUGGUCGCCUCCCCCUCCCCCCGAUGGUGGCUGUUGGUCCAGGCCAUCUUCUGGCGCUGCUGCAUGCGCCUCGGCAUGUUCAUCCACGACUUGGGUCCCCCUCGGCCUCCGCGUCGUUCUUUCAUCCGAACCAUCCCCGUCGGCGAUUCGCACGUCGACCUUUAUUUCUACUGUCCGGAGGGCUAUUCCCAGGGUCGUAAGGAGGGUCGCCGAUGGCCCGUCGUGGUCAACUUCCACGGUGGGGGCUUCACGCUGGGUUGUGCCACCGAUGACGGUCGCUGGUGCCGGUCCGUGUUGGACGAAGUAGGCGCCGUUGUCGUUAGCGUCGGAUAUCGUCGCGCGCCCGAGCAUCCGUUCCCGGCCGCGGUCGAUGACGGAGUCCGAGCCCUGGAGUAUCUGGCCUCACAUGCCCCGGAGUUGGCCGUCGACGUCUCUCGCAUCGUGCUGAGCGGCUUUUCGGCGGGUGGCAACCUGGCCGUCACCGUGCCCCUGCGGCUGCGCAGUCUGAUGUCGCAGGCCGUCGUCAACCCGGCGCUGGAUCGAGCCGAAUCGACCGACCAGCUCGUCGAUUCCUCCGCCACCGACAUCAACAUCGUCGGUCUGUUCUGCUGGUAUCCCAUCCUGGACUUUGAGGAAUCCCGCGACCAUCGCCGGGCCAUGAGCAUCAUGCCCAAUAAGACCCUGCCGGCCUUCUUCACCGAUCUCUUCGACGAGUCCUAUCUUCCCGAUCUCGCCGAACGCCGGUCGCCCUUUGCCUCCCCCGUGCGAGCCGAAGACGAAAUGCUGGCCGAGUCCUUGCCGCACGAUAUAUUCCUGUACAUCUGCGAAUGGGACAUGCUGUUGAAGGAAGGACAGCACUUUGUGCGUCGGCUGCAGGCCAUCAACAAGCACGUGCGCGCCAUGAUGAUCGAGAAGGCACCGCAUGCCUGGGACAAGUCGCCCAAUCCCUUCCGCGACCAAGACAAAGUCGACAUUCUUUACCGCGACGCCUGUGCGGACAUGAAGGCCAUCUUCAACGCCUAGGUCUCCUGGCCGAGCCCGGUGGUUGAUUGAUUUCUGGCGUAGAGCGGCGCUGCUGCAUUGUAUAUUAUAGAACCCGUGAGCGACGGGUCAGACGAGGCCUCCCUGGCCGAGAGACUGUACAUAUUUCCUUAUUCUUUGGCGUGUAUUAGCAUAUCUUAUCAUGAAC